AUGGGCAUUUUAUAUCAUCACCUCAAAGCUUUCGUCCUCGAGCAAACCGCGACUGUGACAUGGGGUACCAUUUCCAUUGCCUGCGUGUUGGUUGCUUUUCAGCUCCAUACAUACCGGAAACAUCAAAAGUUCGUCGAAAACUACGGCGCUGAGCCGACAUACAGGCCUCUGCUGGAUCCUUUAAGCGCCCCAAGCAUGGUUUUCGGGCCUGGGCUCGACUUUUUCUGGGAAAAAAGAUCCACAUUGUUCCAAAACGCUGGUAAAACGGUCAUUACCCUCGAACCAAAGGUAUGGGGGAGUCCGAUCAUGUGCACAAACUCUCUGGCCGUGGUACGGCAAAUCACUGGACCCUCAUGGCGCAAACCUGAUUGGGUUGUGGAGUCCGUUAGUUUCUGGGGUCAUAACCUUUUGAGUUCUCAGCUCGAUGAGGGAUGGCGUAAACAUCGUCGUAUUUUGCAACCCGCCUUUAACAACAAACUGUACGAAGAUGUCUGGAACGAAUCCACACGUCUCUGCCACGGGAUGCUCGGUGUUGAACAUUUUCCGACGUCUCCUGGAGGGGCUGUUUCAGUGUCAAACCUUUAUAAGCUCACUGCUCGCUUCACUCUUUGUGUGAUUCUAGCAUGUGGGUUCGGGUACCCUCUGGCAUGGGAUGAAAAACUACGGACACCGGACGAAGAUAUCACUAUCGAUGAGGGAAUCGCAUUUAAUAGCGAGAACCUCAUCCUUGUUACGUAUGCACCUCGAUGGCUCUUCAAGCUUCCCAUCAAAAAACUGCAGUACAUCGACCGUGUCACCAACGCUAUGCGAACCUGGUUCAGAGAAUCAUCGGCCUUAAAGAAACAAGAAGUUGCGGUAGCAAUCAAAGAAGGGGAAGAAGAUCUUGAAACUGAACUUGUCAAGCGGGAUAUCUUCACACGCCUGGCACUCGCGAGUCAAAUGCAAGGGAAGUAUCAUCUUAAUGACGACGAGCUAAACGUCUGGGUGCAAAUGUUUGCCGGUCACGAGACAUCCGCGUCGGCACUUGCAUCAUGCUUGUGCUUCCUAGCCAUGCAUAAAGGCGAACAAGACAUCGUUUAUGAGGAGAUACAGACGGUGCUCAAGACUACUACAGACGGGAGAUUCUCAUUUGAGCAUUACGAUCAGUUGGUUAAGACUCGAAGUGCAUUCGUGGAGGCUUUACGACUCGUUCCUCCUGCAAACUUAAUCAUCCGAGAGUCAAAAGACGAUUGUAUACUCCAAGCGUCGCGGAGAGGUCCCGAUGGAUCCAUGGAGCAGCACAGCGUUCUUGUUCCCAAAGGUGCAAUAAUGGUUGUUGAUUUUAUUGGGAUGCAUUAUGAUCCAGAGACAUUCCCGAACCCAACAGAAUUUCAACCAUCUCGAGAUUUGCCCUCGUCGAGAGCGUGGCGUUUCUUUGCAGCGUACUGA